AUGGAAUGCUGGAAUACAAUACAACAUUUAGCAACUUGGCUCUCAAUUUUAGUCUUUAUUGUAUUUGAACUAGUAUAUUCAAAACUUGCUAUUCUUUUUGGCUAUGACUUUUACUAUAAUUUAGCAUUAGAACUAAUUACACAACCAAAUUUCUAUCUAACGGUUAUUAUUACAAUUUUAAUUUGUUUGCUUCCUGUUUAUUUAUAUAUCUUUGCCAAGAGAAAUUACUAUCCAAUUCCACUUAAUAUUAUUCAAGAAAUAAAGAAAAAGAACUCUAGAGAUGUGGAUGACACCGACCGCUCCGAAGCAACAGAACUGAAUGAUUUGAAUCAUGGUGAUGUAUUUCUUCCACCAGACGGUACGACCCAAUGCGCAGUUCAAAUAGAAGUAAUACAUAAAGAUAUGUACAAAGGUGUUGAGGAAAACUACCCACAAUUGCAAUGGCCAACCGCUCUCCAAGAAGUACCAGCAGAGCCAAACGACAAUGCAGUGGUGAUAGACGUGCAAGAAAAUCAAUGGUUUCUUUCUCAACACGAUGAUGAUAGUAUCAAAGAGUUCGUAGAACUUUGA